AUGGCCACCGCUGGGUCUCCUCUUCGUGACGAUGAAAUCAUCGGUUACAUGCUUACCGGCCUCGGCUCCGCUUUCAAUCCGAUCGCGGCGUCCCUGAACAUGAUCACCAGGGUGGUUACUGCUGCCGAGUUCUAUUCCAUGCCCCGCGCGCCCUUGCCCGCCUUCUCUGGCGGAGGCUCUCAGCCCGGUUACGGCGGGGGCAACAGCGGCCGUCAGACUUACGGCGGUAACGGUGGAGGCGGCUAUGGGUCGCCGGCGGGCGGCCACGCCCAGCCCUACGGACCGCCAGCGGGCGGCAACGGCAACGGUCGCCCAACUGGCGGCAAUUACGGUGGUAACGGCGGCGGUGGCAACCGCGGCCAGAACGGAGGACGCCGGCGUCAGCGCCCGCAGUGUCAAAUCUGCGGCUAUUGGGGGCACAGCGCCGAUGACUGUCGGAACCGCUUCAACCCCGACUUCGUGCGCGGCAGCAACCAGCAGCGCACCGGCAACAACCAGUAG